AUGGAGACACAGGUCAUGAAUGUGGAUGCGUCUCUCAAGACGGAUCACAGAAUGUUCUUCCCAGAGAUGGAAGGUCUGGUCCUUCUCCUGCUCCUUCUGUCCUCUCCGACCUCCACGGAGGAGUCCGCGGUCUAUCGCGGCGCCGACCGGAAUCAAGAUCACACUCCGGGACCCCAUUACCUCCUGGAUCCCAUUCGCAACGUCAUUCAGAGCACCAGGGGUGCCAACGUCACCCUACCUUGUAUCAUGAGGCAUCGGCCCAGGAGCUACAAGGUGAAAUGGAGCAAGGUCAACCCCUUGGACCCCAUGGAGAACCUCAUCAUCAUCACCAAUGGCAAGUACCACAAGAACUACGACAAGCUGAAGGGGCGGGCCCGAAUGAGGAGGAGUCACCGGCUUGACGCCUCUCUGGUCAUCACCAACGUGACGCUGGAGGACGAGGGGCGGUACAAGUGCGAGCUGGUAAAUGGCCUGGAGGACCAGAGCUUGACGUUGUCUCUGCAUCUAGAAGGUGUCGUGUUUCCAUACCAGUCCAGAGGAGGGCGGUAUGGCUUUAAUUACAUGGAAGCCCGACAAGCCUGCGAGGAACAAGACGGAAGGCUGGCGACCUACUCCCAACUCUACCAAGCGUGGACAGACGGCCUCGACUGGUGCAACGCCGGGUGGCUCCUCGAGGGCGGGGUUCAUUACCCGGUGAUCGUCCCGCGGCAACCGUGCGGCGGGGACCUUCCUCCUGGAAUACGAAGCUACGGCCCCAAAGACCCAUUGAAGGACAAGUUUGAUGCCUUCUGCUUCACCUCGGCUCUACAGGGUCGCGUUUUCUUCCUCCGCGGCCCGAUGAACUACACAGAAGCUCUGGCCGCCUGCCGGGCCCGCGGGGCUCGGUUAGCCAAGGUGGGCCACCUGUACGCCGCGUGGCGGUUCUUCGGCCUGGACCACUGCGACGGAGGCUGGCUGGUGGACGGCAGCGUCCGUUUCCCCAUCGCCGAUCCCCGGGAGAGGUGCGGGGGCCUCCCCGACCCGGGGGUGAGGAGCUUCGGUUUUCGCGGGCGGGAAGAACGGCUCUACGGGGGGUUUUGCUACGCCGGUGUUUAG